GUCCCGUCGUCCAUCUCGGUAGGCUCCCUUUUAGUGUUUGGGACGGAGCUCUGCCCGGGAAACGCCAUAAGUGAGACGGCCGCGGCCUGUACUAGCGAGCAGCGCAAGGCGUCCUCGGCACCAUGACGGACCGCUACACCAUCCACAGCCAGCUGGAGCAUCUGCAGUCCAAAUACAUCGGCACCGGCCACGCCGACACCACCAAGUGGGAAUGGCUGGUGAACCAGCACCGCGACUCGUACUGCUCCUACAUGGGCCACUUCGACCUCCUCAACUACUUCGCCAUCGCCGAGAACGAGAGCAAAGCGCGCGUGCGCUUCAACCUGAUGGAGAAGAUGCUGCAGCCGUGCGGGCCCCCGGCCGACAAGCCCGAGGAGAACUGAGCCCCCGGCGCCCUCCCAGACCCCCCUCUCCCCCGCCCGGAGAACGAAUGGCUCGCCGGUCUCUUUGCUAACUAGGGGCAGCGCGAGGACUGAGCCCGUUUUUGUCGCGGGAGGGGAAGAGACUCGAGGUCCUCGCACCUCAGCAUGGCCGUUGGAGCCGCAGUCUCAUACUCUGUGCCGGGGUCUGGGACAGGGGUCGUUUUCAAAAUCUACCAGUGCCUAUGCUACUGCUCUGGAGGGGGGAGGAGGAGGAGGAACUGAGAAGACGUGCAAGAUUUUUGCGUCGUCCGUCCCUCUUCCCCACCAGCCCCAUUCUGAAGUUUAACCCGUUGUUCGGUGUCUUGGCAGAACAGCCGCAAUGGAGGGGAGGAGACCUUUAAAGACCAAAAAGCCCCUGAGAAACUAAGGACUUGGAGCUUGAAGACACUUUCGAUCUCGUGUAAUCCGGGUUGUUUGUUGUUGUUUACCCUGGGGUCUAUGGACUUGUGUUUAAAGUAAUCUUGAUAUGUGUAUUUCAAUACAAUUGGUUUCCAUUAUAA